GAGCCGCGGAAGGGGCGGUGCGUCGGGGUCCGCGUCGGGGUCGCGCGUCGGGCGCGCCGUGGCCCCGUCGGGGCGGUGGGAGCUGCGGAGCCGCCAUGGCGGACCUGGAGGCCGUGUUGGCCGACGUCAGCUACCUGAUGGCCAUGGAGAAGAGCAAGGCGGCGCCGGCUGCGCGCGCCAGCAAGAAGGUCGUCCUGCCGGAGCCCAGUAUCCGGAGCGUGAUGCAGAGGUAUCUUGCAGAAAGAAACGAAAUAACCUUUGACAAGAUUUUCAAUCAGAAAAUCGGCUUUCUGCUAUUUAAAGACUUCUGUUUGAAUGAAAUCGACGAAGCCGUGCCCCAGGUGAAGUUUUAUGAAGAGAUAAAAGAGUACGAGAAACUGGACAAUGAGGAGGACCGGCUGCGCCGGAGCCGCCAGAUGUAUGAUGCCUACAUCAUGAGGGAGCUCCUGUCCUGCACACAUACGUUCUCCAAACAAGCUGUGGAACAUGUCCAGAGUCAUCUCUCCAAGAAGCAGGUGACAGCCACUCUUUUUCAGCCAUACAUAGAAGAAAUCUGUGAGAGCCUUCGAGGGGAUAUUUUCCAGAAGUUCAUGGAAAGUGAUAAAUUCACCAGAUUCUGUCAGUGGAAGAAUGUGGAAUUAAAUAUUCAUCUGACCAUGAACGACUUCAGCGUGCACAGGAUUAUUGGCCGCGGAGGGUUUGGGGAAGUGUACGGCUGCAGGAAAGCAGAUACCGGGAAAAUGUACGCCAUGAAAUGCUUAGACAAGAAGAGGGUGAAGAUGAAGCAGGGGGAGACCCUGGCCCUGAACGAGAGGAUCAUGCUGUCCCUCGUCAGCACUGGGGACUGUCCCUUCAUUGUCUGCAUGACUUAUGCCUUUCACACACCGGACAAACUCUGCUUCAUCUUGGACCUGAUGAACGGGGGCGACAUGCACUACCACCUCUCCCAGCACGGGGUGUUUUCUGAGAAGGAGAUGCGCUUUUAUGCCAGCGAGAUCAUCCUGGGUCUCGAGCACAUGCAUACACGCUUCGUUGUCUACAGAGACCUGAAGCCUGCAAACAUCCUCCUGGAUGAACACGGUCAUGUGAGGAUAUCUGAUCUUGGUCUUGCCUGCGAUUUCUCCAAAAAGAAGCCGCACGCCAGUGUGGGCACCCAUGGGUACAUGGCUCCGGAGGUGUUGCAGAAGGGGACACCGUAUGACAGCAGCGCCGACUGGUUCUCCCUGGGUUGUAUGCUCUUCAAGCUCCUGCGGGGCCACAGCCCUUUCAGACAGCACAAAACCAAAGACAAGCACGAGAUAGACCGCAUGACCCUGACAGUGAACGUGCAGCUUCCGGAUGCCUUCUCCCCAGAACUGAGGUCCCUCCUGGAGGGUUUGCUCCAGCGGGAUGUGAGCCAGCGGCUGGGCUGCUGCGGAGGCGGGGCACAGGAGGUGAAGGAGCACAUCUUCUUCAAGGGCAUCGACUGGCAGCACGUGUACUUACGGAAGUACCCACCACCCCUAAUCCCUCCUCGGGGAGAAGUCAACGCUGCAGACGCCUUUGAUAUCGGCUCAUUUGAUGAGGAAGACACCAAAGGCAUUAAGCUCUUGGACUGCGAUCAGGACCUCUAUAAGAACUUCCCACUGGUGAUCUCUGAGCGCUGGCAGCAGGAAGUGGUGGAGACCAUCUACGAUGCCGUCAACGCCGAUACGGAUAAAAUCGAGGCCAGGAAGAGGGCUAAAAAUAAACAACUUGGUCAGGAGGAAGAUUAUGCCCUGGGGAAGGACUGCAUCAUGCACGGGUUCAUGCUGAAGCUGGGCAACCCCUUUCUCACGCAAUGGCAGAGGCGCUACUUCUACCUGUUCCCCAACAGACUGGAGUGGAGAGGAGAGGGCGAAUCUCGGCAAAAUUUACUGACCAUGGAACAGAUCUUGUCAGUGGAGGAGACCCAGAUUAAAGACAGAAAGUGCAUUUUAUUCCGAAUAAAAGGAGGGAAACAGUUCGUCUUGCAAUGCGAGAGUGACCCCGAGUUUGCACAGUGGCUGAAGGAGCUGACGUGCACCUUCAAUGAGGCCCAGAGGCUGCUGCGCCGUGCCCCCAAGUUCCUCAACAAGCCCCGAACCACCAUCCUGGAGCUCUCCAAGCCACCACUGUGCCACAGAAACAGCAGCGGCCUCUAAACCACAGAGCAGCAAGGCCCGCAGGAGGGGCCCCGGCUCUUCAGUGCAGGAGUGGAAUGGAGCCACGGGGAGCCGUGUGGAGCUGAGACACAACGGUUCUGAGCACCGGGCUGCUCCGGGCUGGGGAUGCCCACGACACCAAGAUGGCCUUGCAGAAGUUGGGACAACCUCUGGGCUGGCCUGUCUACAAUUGAAAUUACUGAAGAAGCAGAAGGCAUUUUUUCUGCAUACCCACUUACUUUGGUACCCAUGGCCUCAGAACAGGAAAUGACCUUUAUCACUCAAGCGUUUGUGUCUGGCAUCGAGCCUGUCUGGGAUGGGACCACAGUGUCUGGGGCUGCAGUAGCCUGUCCUAGGCACCAAUGUGUCUGAGUGCCUGCCUGGAGUUUGGGGGUGUGUGGCUCCAAAUCCUGGAGGAGGCACAGUAGCCUGGGGUCUCUGUAGGUCAGGGAUAAUUCCUGUUUGUCCCAGAGGUGAUGAGGUAGCACUGAGUGGCACGUACACUGCCUGCCUCUGGUGGCUCUGCUCUAAGGAUGUCAGUCAGAGAGCAGAGGUAGGAAUGUCCCUUUGAGGAAUGGCCACCUUCUGGUCAACGUGACCAGAGGAGAUGCCCCAGGACUUCAGGUCAAGCAGGAUGUAGGUAACCUACCAGGCACGUGCUUGGGGUCUCCAUGAGGGGCAGGUCUAUGACAGAGUCGUGCUCCCUCUGCCAGGCCUGGGAAGCAUAUCCGAGGACAUGCCUAAGGCAGAAGAGUAUAAUUUAUAAUGACUCACACUGAUGGGUGGCAGUGUCCAGCGGUCUCCCGUGCGCCCUGGCAUGCCCCACAUCCUUCUGUCAUUGAUGCACUGUGCACUGGGUUAUUCUCAUGGGGGCGGCAGUUUGCCCAGCACCCUUCCCCUGAAAGUUACUUCCUCCACCGCUGCCCCAAAUAAAUGCUGGGUUCCUGUGUCACCGCCCUGAAACAGAAGUCCUUGAAGGGCUCCGCGGACUUGUCCAGCUCCUGGGGGCUAUGUUUCUAGAUAAACUGCUGAGCACGUAAGAACCUGACAUUGAAGUUCUUUGCAUUCUGUCCUAGAUCUGACAGUUCCCAGUGUGUACCCUUGUGUUUCUAUGCUGGGAAAAUACGGUGUUUAUUUAUUUAUUUUUAACAUUGCAAUGAUCUUUUGAGAGUUUGGAAGAUAAUUUAUCUGUUACUAUGCAGGUGCGUGGGGGAGUUGUGGGGCUCAGUGCCCAUCUCGUUGCCCAUUCAGGGUUUGAGUCCACAUCCAUGUACCCCUGUUCACUGCCUCUAGUGUGGGAAUAUGGCUGCAACCUAGCACAGGCACCCUGCUUGCUUAAAGAGAAUGGUGUUCAGAUUCUAUUGCACAUAUGCACAUGCAGUUAAGUGUUGAUGUUACUGUGUGGGUGUGGCUGGGGUGGGCAGCUCACACAAGCUCAAGCAGACCUGCAGGGGUGGGAGCUGCAUCUCUGGCCUUUUCAGGGGGAUAUACAGUACCCUCUGCCAAUCAGGAGGGUGGCUUGACCCCAGCCAGCAUUGGGCUAGCCAGACUAAAUUUUGUAUGGGGUUAUAGCUGUACCAAAGGGUUUUUAAAGGUGACAGAGGAUCAUGGGUUCCUGUACCUACAUGAUAUUGAGCUACACUCUCACAGACAUCAUGUGUUACCAUCUUGGCUGAGCCAAUUUGAAGACUCUUUUCCCUUUUAGAAAAGAAUUGUGUGUGUGGAGAGAGGCUCUCCUCAGAGCCCUUUGCCUCAGACUUACUCCAGGUAAACCAUUUUAUCCCAUCAACCCCAUUUCCCUCAUGAGGACACAGCUGAGGGAGGGCAGAUGGCCCUUGCAGUAGGUCCUCAAGAUUCCCGUGGCAGUGAUGGGUCCUCAGAGGCCGUCUUUCCACCCAAGCACGCGGUGACGGGGUGGCCGCAUCAGGGAAAGCCGCUGAGUUUACACUGCUUGGCUGUUUGAGGGUUUCUGUCAUGUUGGUGGGUCCCUGGAUGUCAGAUGGUUCUAUACAUUAACAGAACGAGUCCGUGCCUUCUCCUGGUUCCAGUUUCUGGGGAAGAGUACUUAACACGGUCAAAGACAUUCCAGGAGAUGCUGCUUUAAUACAGUUCUGUUCUAAGCAGACCCGGUUCCAUAAACAAGACUGUUAGAUCACUUUAAAGCAGCCGUGUGACACACGCUAAAUCGAAGCCUGUGGCAAACCCCAGUUUAUUUUUAUUUUUUUAACCUGAACUACCCUCUUGCUCUUGGGGCUCCAUGCGCAUGCCUCCGAGACAUGGUUAAGUGUGAUACUUCGGCAAAGUCUGUAGAAAUUGUCUCACUGUCACGGUUGACAGGGGAACCUGUCUCACUGUUGACACAGGGGUCUGCACACUGAUGGCUCUGUUGAUUGAUAUUACAAACUGUAAAACCAGCAGCGAGCGCAGUGUGGAUGGUGGCUUACCGGGGAGAGAUGAUAUCUUUCAAGAAAGAUAGCUUUGGACAGACUUGAUUCAGCAGGAUCAUGAGCCCAGCCUUGAUUGGCAGAGGCAGGAGGCUUAUGAUUUUGAGACUAGCCUGGGCUACAUAACAAGGCCUUGCCUUCAGAACACCAAGGACUUUGGCAGUAGCUUUGGGGCCACACUCUUGGCUCUCAUGUUCAUGGUUCUAGGUUUAAUCUCCAGUGGGGGUGGAGGGUGGACAGCCAACUGUUAGCCAUCUAAUAAGACUUAGCCUGAGUAGCCCCUUGUCCUUUGCCAUGUGCCUAUUAGGAGCAGCUAUUCUGAGGCCCCACUAGCCAUGACUGUUCACCAGUAGGCAGUGUGGCAAAGGGUCAGAGCUCCCCAGGACAGGAGCGAGUCUGUUUCAUAUUCCUGAGAGGCCAGUGGAAUCUGUGGUGGGCUCAGGGCAGGCGGAGAAGGUUUGCUUGGUCAGCUGAUGAAAACCAGACUCUUGGACAUGAAAAAGCACCAAGGAAGAAAGGAUGGAUGGACACUAGUGGGAGACCCCCUGGGAAUUCCCGAGUGAUGAGUUCCAGAGGCUGAGUUGCUCCCCUCAUGAAGGUGUCAUGCGUUCUUCCCUGGACAUUCCCAGGGAGGUCCCUCAUCGGCGGUAUAUCCCUGGACCCUGAGUUUGUCACCUUACACUGUGUGCUGUGUAGCCCGGGCAGAGAGAGACAGUGUCCGGUCACUGCUAUUGAAUGUGCUGCCGGGGUUGGGGGCAGUGUCCCAGGAUGACACCAUGGCCUUUCUGCGUGUUUAACUCCAUUUCCACUUUGAACUUUGACAAAUUUUAAUAACAAAAACAAAAACAAAAUUUCUUUUCCCGAGUGAGGCUGACCUGAAAGUUGCUUGCAUUUGUGUUAACAGGACUGUUUUAUUUUAUUCAGGCCUCAUUCUCAUCUGCUUGUUUGUUGCUCUGGGAUGAAGAAAGCUGAGCUGUAAGCCUCCUCUCCUCAGUUGUGAUGGACCUUAAGGUUUUCCUUGCUCAUUCACUUGUUUACUUAAAUAAGAGAGAACUGAGCACAACGUCUCAGAUCCCACAGCCUUAGUAUUCAGGACACCGAGACAGGAAGCUGACAAGUCCCAGGACAGCCUUAGAACUAAGUAACUAACAGAAUCAGAGUUGUUGUUUUCUGACCCAGAACAAGUGUGAGCACUCAGCCAGCAGCGGGGAGGUGCUGUCCUGAGAUGUGGCGCGGAAAGUGGGUUCAAAGUGUGGGCUGUCAUGAAGAACAAAGACCUUCUCAUAGUUAGUCCAAACCCGUGGCUAGAGUGAGGUCCCCAGCGGGGUCCUUUCUGAAACAAGUACCUAGCCUCCUACCCUUUUCAUUUGGCCCUAGAGAGAAAAUGUCUGAAGGUGGGGUGGGGGUGGAGCGAUCAUUCCAGUCGUCAACUGUGAUUUGUCCGUUUGUUUCCUUGGUUGUUUACCGGCCCUUGGUUGUACGUAUUGCAUGUGGUUUAUAAACUCAACACUGGCCUUUUUUUUUUUAGUUCUGUUAUUAAAUUAUAUUUUUCUAUGUUCUAGGUAAUAGCAGACCUGGCUUUUUCUGGGUAACAGAGAUGGAUGGACCUGUAACUAUGAGACAAGAGUUCUAUUUUAGCACAAAAAGCAUUUUAUAUUAUUUAUUGAAUCCGUAUGUGUGUUCCCAUGGAAACCAUCUGUAUUUUACUGCUCCUUGUGAUCUGUAUAGUUUGUUAUUUAAAGAGAGAUGGCAGCCUUUUGUGUUGUUGAAACAAUAAAACCGAGCUCUGAUGAG